AGAUACAACAAAAUAAAACAUGCGUUUGUGAUUUCACGUGAUUCCAAUGUGUUGCACCACGGACUGAAACGAUCCAGCCAGCGCUAGGACCCCGGUGCUGUGUUUUGAGUCGUUACCCUGCUGUACUGUCUUGGCUGGCACGCCGAGCGCUUAUAUUCAUAAUAGAUUGCCCGUUGACCCAAACUUGUAGGACCCGCUCUGUCAGACCGAUGACCAACAACGUCACUUUGUAGGGGGUAAAGCACGUGGUGAAGAAGUCCUUUAUAAACCUCUCUUCUCUUUGGUGAUGUUAUCUCCUGGCUGGCGCUUGCUCAGAGGGACAGAGAACUUGAGAUUUGUCUGCACCGGGAGGGGAUGGAGGAACGCUUUAACUGAUAUUGAACUGAACGAAAUGAACAUUUCUCUAACGUGCUCUGGGUUUUUCUUCUUGUCUUCCCCACAGUAAACAACGCCACUAGCUAUCCCGCGGCGCGUUUAUUACGUUGUCGCGUUGAGACGCGUACAAAGUUAGUUUGACAGGAGCGCUGUCUGUUAGGAAGAGCGAUGCAAAUCUAACUUAGGGCUGCUAAAGGCGGACUUGUGUUGUGCGAGGAGUCGCCGCAGUUGGAAAGGCUUUCAGUUCUCUGAUGCGGUGAAGGUGUGCGCGGAGCCGUAGACAACGCGUCUGAGCUGUUAAACAGGGGGAUUGGUAAAUCGCUGGUUUAGCUUCCAGUUCUGACAGUGUUUGAUGCGAAUUCGAAGGCAGUAUUUCUGGAUUCUAGCAUUGCAAUAUUUGUAACUAGGUGUACAAUGUAAUGGUAUUUAUUAUAAACGUGCUAAGUGUCUGGAAUGUAGAUCAAACCUUGCGUCUGCUCUGCUCGGAUAACGGAUUUUACAGUUCAAGUAAAUGUCUUUCAGGUUGGCUAUGUGAAUGGACUUUCAAGUUCAACUCCAAGUAGUGCUGCAGCUGUAACAGAGUGGGAAAGUACUGCAUAAAACAUCGAAAGAUACGUCUCAAUUAAAAUAUAUCGCUAGCUAAAGUACGUCCGAGGUGUCACAAUCGAAAUAAUUUCUAACAGAACACUGAUUCGUAGAAAUGUAUGUAUUCAGUCUUAUUUAAGCACGGCAUAUGCACGCAAGAUUCGCCGUUUUUUUUCCGCGAAAUAACCAGAGCGCCGCAGCAAUACGAAGUCUGAUUUACCGAGAUGAACUUCUACGUCUUGAGCGUCUUCCUGACCUUGGAUCUGGCCGCGGCGGCUGCGGGUCUGUCCACAUGCAGCACGCUGGACAUGGAGCAGUUCACGAAGAAGCGCAUCGAGGCGAUCCGCGGGCAGAUCCUGAGCAAGCUGAAGCUGGCGAGCCCGCCGGAGCGCUUCACCGAGCGCGAGGAGGUGUCGCGGGAGAUCAUCGCCAUCUACAACAGCACGCGCGACCUGCUGCAGGAGAAGGCGAACGAGCGCGCGGCGACCUGCGAGCGGCAGCGGAGCGAGGAGGAGUACUACGCCAAGGAGGUGCACCGGAUCGACAUGCAGCCCUUCCACCCGUCUGAAAAUGUCAUCUCUCCUACACACUACAACCCCUACUUCAGACGGCUCACCUUUGACGUGUCGUCUAUGGAGAAGAACGCUUCGAACCUGGUGAAGGCGGAGCUGCGCGUCUUCCGUCUGCAGAACCCGAAGGCUCGCGUGUCUGAGCAGCGGAUCGAGCUGUACCAGAUUCUGAGUCACAAAGACCUGACAUCCCCGUCACAGAGGUACAUCGACAGCAAGGUGGUGCGCACACGCACCGAGGGCGAGUGGCUGUCCUUUGAUGUCACAGAGGCUGUCAGUGAAUGGCUGCGGCACAGAGACAGAAACCACGGAUUCAAGAUCAGCCUCCACUGUCCCUGCUGCACGUUCGUCCCGUCGAACAAUUACAUCAUCCCCAACAAGAGCGAGGAGCUGGAGACCCGGUUCGCAGGCAUAGAUGACAGCUUCCUGAAUGGUGGGGAUGUGAAAUCAUUCAAGAGGCGCCGUGCCACCGGGCCGACUCCCCACCUGCUGCUAAUGCUGCUGCCCUCCUAUCGCCUGGAGACACAGCACAAGAGUCACCGACAGAAACGCGCUGUGGACACGGCCUUCUGCUCCAGGAACAUGCAGGAGUCCUGCUGUUUGCGGUCGCUCUACAUCGACUUCAGGAAGGACCUGGGCUGGCGCUGGAUCCAUGAGCCCAGAGGUUACCAUGCCAACUUCUGCGCAGGAGCGUGUCCGUAUCUGUGGAGCGCAGACACACAACACAGCAAGGUCCUGGGUCUGUACAACACCAUCAACCCCGAGGCCUCAGCCUCUCCCUGCUGUGUGUCCCAGGACCUGGAGCCCCUCACUAUACUCUACUAUAUUGGCAAGAGCCCCAAGAUCGAGCAGCUCUCCAACAUGAUUGUCAAGUCCUGCAAGUGCAGCUAGGAACACAAACAUACACAUAUACAUUCACAAGCACACACACACACACACACUCCCACCGUA